GGAAAGGGACUGCCCGUUCGCCAAGAGGAGGCUAGGGCUGCAGCCUCUCUUUUUUCUUCAUCUACUGAGCUCUCUCUCUCGAACUUGUCAAUGGCGGUGACUUCUUCUUCCUCGCCGGUGGUGUCUGCGUCGCGGUGGAGCAUGGCGUCGCUUCGCUCUGCCCUUCCUUCGGUCCCGACGUCUCGCGUUCCUUCGCUCCAUUUUCCGGCCCAUUCGCCGUUCCCUUCGUCGUCGCGGCUCCGGUCAGGCCUCGGAGAAACCAAGUGCAUGCGUUCUUUCUCCGGGCUUGCUCCCAUGACUCCUCUUCUCUCCCUCAGCUCCGAAUGUGACAGCUUUGAGCAGGGUUUUAGCUACAUCAACAAUGGGAGUAAAUUCUACGCAAUGAGACAUGGGAAACGUGUCCCAAAGCUCAACAGGCCCCCAGAUCAGAGGAAAGCACUGCUCCGUGGCCUUACAACACAGCUGUUGAAGCAUGGUAGAAUAAAAACCACUAGAGCAAGGGCAAGUGCAAUGAGGAAAUACGUGGAUAAAAUGAUAACACUGGCAAAGGAUGGAUCCCUCCAUAAGAGGAGACAGGCGCUGGGCUUUAUAUAUGAGAAGCAAAUAGUCCAUGCCUUGUUUGCUGAGGUUCAAGACAGAUAUGGUGAUAGAAAUGGAGGGUACACUAGAAUCAUCAGAACUCUACCAAGACGGGGGGACAAUGCACCGAUGGCUUACAUUGAGCUUGUUUAGCACUCAUCAAAUAUAAAUUACUGUUAACCUUUGAAGAUUUGAAAAUUAUGGAAAGUGGGUGAAGCACUUGCAAAUACGUGACAUGGCUUCCACUUCUUAGCGGUUAGCAUGGAUUGCAGAGGUUUUGAACGUUAUCUUUCUUCUGGGAUGCCUAUCAGUUGAAUUCAUUUGUAGGAAACUGGAUGGUCUACAUUAUCUGGACUGACUUUGAGGUCGUCACUACUUGCCAUUGGGCGAUGAAAUGUCAGUCUCAAAAAGGCAGAGAGUUGACCCUUCUGUCACUGCUAGUUGAAUCAGCACGCACUCUGCAUUGACCUGCCGAUGAUGGGUGUUUCUUCAGACUGGAUUGAGGAGCACGUAACCCAAAAGCACACUUUCCAUUGAUUUUACAGGGUGGUCCAUGGGGUUAUAUAUACAUAUAUGUAUUAGUGUGGUAUAUAUAUCAUUUCUGGACAGUGUGGAGUGGAUAACACUAGCCCAAGCUUGUGGAAAUGAUUUGGACACCACGUAUGGGGCUCCGAGAUCUCAGCUCGAAGCCACGUUUUUCUUUCAACUCAAGUUGGUAGGGUCCGUAGCAACCUUUCUGGUGUGUGGCUUUUUAUCCUCGUAUUAUUUUACAAUGUACUAAGAUUUGUGGAGGAACUUGUGUGUCUUAGAUCAAGACAAACAUUGAAAACUGCACUUCGAUAUGAACAUGGUGGAAAAAUUGGUGCGUUUUG